AAACAAACAACAAAAAUCCUGGAUGCACGUCGUCAAUACCCCCUGCAUACAGCAGCAAGGGAAGGUAACACAGAAAGAGUGAUUUCCCUUAUACAACAAGGUUUUAGUGUAAAUCACAGUGACCCAGAUCUAGUUAAACCAUUACAUGAGGCAUGCUUCCAUGGAAGGUUGCAAUGUGUGAAAAUACUGUUAGAAAAUGGUGCAGAGGUAAAUGCUAGAAAUAUAGAUGGAGCCACCCCACUAUGUGAUGCAGCAUCCAGUGGUCAUAUAAACUGUUUAGAAUUACUUAUAGCUAAUGGAGCUCGAGUUAAUCCAGUACUAUUAUUGUCAUCACCAUUACAUGAGGCUGCUCUUAGAGAUCAGUGGGAAUGUAUAGAUAUUUUAUCAAAAGCUGGUGCGAAUCUGAAUGCCUCAGACUGUCAUUAUGGUACUGCAUUGCAUAUAGCAGCCAACCAAGGAUUUAUCAAUAGUGCAGAAGUCUUACUCAGAGCAGGUGCCAAUGUCAAUGCUGUAAAGACUCAUAGUACUCCACUCCAUGAAGCAGCCUUAAAACAGGACAUAGAUUUCUUAGGUUUACUGUUAGAAUAUGGUGCUAAUGUUUAUGCCAGGAAUAAUAAAGGCCUACAUGCAAUUGAUCUUAUUUCAAGUUCAACAAAUCCAUCAAAAGAACUGUUGUUAUACUGGAUGAAUACAGUUCCCAAAUUGACAUAUAUGACUCGACAAGUCAUAAGAAGACAGCUGGGGCAAACAGGACUAAUGAAUAUUGAUCAGUUGAUGUUACCAAAAUUACUUCAAAAUUACAUAGAGCAUAGGUAACUGUUGUAAAAGGAGAGAAUUAAAUAACACAGCACAUCAACAUUUGAAUCACUGUUUUCUGGAAUGCAUAUUCCCAGUGAGAACAAUACAUACAUUCACUCCAAGGAUAUUGUGAGAAAUCAAACUGUCAUGGAUUUGUCUAUGUGAUCUCAUCAAGUGCAGAUAACUCUGAUCUGUGAAAUUUGCAAUUUGGAAAGUUCAUAAAUCUUGAAAGGAUGUUUGGAAUUUUUGGAUUUGUAUAAUUUCUUGAAAAAAGAAUCUGCAACUUUUCUUUAUUUUGUGGAAGAUUUUGACAUGAAUUAUAAGUAUCAAGUUUGCAAAUUUUUUUGGCCAAUUAUUCACAAAUUUACAAGUAACUAAUUUUUCUUGUAUUCUUUUUAUUCAAAUUCCAUACAGAAUUGCAAAGUUUUGACUACCUGCUUGACAGUUCAUGAUCUUUGUAUAUGAAAUAAAGUCAAAAUUACAAUGGCUAAUAUAGGAGUAUAAUAUCAGCAGGUUAAGUAUUAUAUGUUAUUCCAGUAAUCUAGUAAAAAAAGUGCAGAGUACUAGGGUUUGAACUGAUAUCACCUUACAGUUCCUUACUUGAGCGCCGGAA